AUGGCCCCCGCAGACAUGGAUCUCAGCCAAACGCGGCAGUGGCUCGCGAAGCUGCACACCACCAACCCGCCGCCACCCACCUCGAACGUCAGCAACAGCUCCUCGUCCUCCUCUACGCACAGCCGUGGAAGCGCCGACUACAGUCACGGCGCGUCCCUGUCCCCCACGAGCUCCUCGACGAGCGACGACGCGCCCACGAGCCCACUAACCGAGUCUCGCGCCCGGAGCCUGCAGCGGCUGUGCGAGCUGGGCGACGCGCACACGGAGCCGGUCCCGGCGGAGAUUGUCAACGCGCGGCUCGCGCCGAGCAACAUGAACUACAUCAAGACGACGGCGCUCGGCGACGGCGGCGCAGGGGAGAAGAGCGUGCCGGUGGUGUCACCGCGGGAGGCGGGACGGUCGAGGUGGUCCCGCAAGUCAUCGGAACAGUCGCUUGAGGCGCUCGAGGGCGACUCUGUGCGUCGGUUCUCGCUGUCCAGGUUUAAGCUGCGAUGGUGA